AUGCAAAACCCCCGGAGCUCGGCGAUCACCGUGACCGCGGAUAGCACCAUCCCAGCCGGUCUGCGCUUGGGUCCCGUGCAGGGCAUUUUUAGGCUGGGAAAAUAUAUGUCCGAUCGCAAGGAGCAUUUCAAUAGGAAAAAGGUACGCUUUGUCAGAGGGCAUUUGGUUGAUGAAGCUGGCGAUUCAGUCCCGGAAUGGAUAGAGUUAAUCCGGGCUGCCAGACACAUUCAAGAGCAGAAUCUGGAAGCGAUCACUGACCUUCCAGGGGGACAGAUCUUUUACAGAACGCUGAGGGAUAUCCAGCCUGGGGAGGAGUUAGCAGCGUGGUAUUCCAGCACUCUGGCUCAGUGGUUCGAUAUACCAACCACAGCCACACCGACACACGAUGAGAAAGGGGAGGAACGUUAUAUUUGUUGGUACUGCUGGAGAACGUUCAAAUAUCCAAACACUUUAAUAGCUCAUAUCCACUUCCACUGCGCUCUGAGCAACGGCAGGGGCUUCAUCAACAGUGAUCAAUGCCGAAUUUCAGAGACUUUCACCAAAUCUCCGAAAACCGCCGACAUAUCCAGCUCAUCAACACCCCCGAGAAAUGGCCACCAAAUCUCCUCUGGCCCAACAGAAGGGGUUAAACGACCAGCGUCUCCAGUUUUGGCCAAAAUGAUUAUGACCAAGAAGUCAAUGGGACGUGAGGAGGAACAGGACAGAGCCCUGGACAUGAGUGUUAAUUCAGCCAGGAGUCAUGGAGCCUUGAGUACCAUCAGCGGCACCUCUUCAAUUGUCAACACCAUGGGCUUUCACCCCGGGAUUAGAUCCGCGUUUAAACCCACGGGAUUAUCGAAAUUAAUUUCGCCUGAUCCAAGCGGGGACAGCAGCGCUAAAGCAAUUGGAUUGGGUUUCAGCAAAGUGGUGAGCAGUCUGAAAUCACCACGCUCCUCCGGAGAGAGUUUGGUGGGAGCUUCCCCUGCCAAAUGUGUCCAUUCCAUCGAGCCGCCACUCCCUGCAUUGCCAUGUAGCGACACAAACAGAGGUUUCCCUCUGUUCCCCAGUUUUGAAGAGACAUCUGCAUUCAAACAUGUCGAGAGGGGCCUUCACGCCAGUUUGUCUCCCAGCCGAUAUACCCCGAUCCCAACGAGCGUUCAUUUUGAGAGGUUCUCCAUUCCACCGUUUGAAGGAGUUAAACCUUUCGCCGGAGAAUGCAACAUUCCCAUAAUGCCCUUAACGGUUUACAAUGGCGAGCUUUUGUACAGUCCUCCCUACUACCCCUUAAAAUUCCACUUCAGCAACUUAAUUAAAUACCCCGAAUCUGUCACCUACUUUGGAGCUCCAUCUCUCAACCCAGAAAUUGGUUCCAUCACCAACAUCGACAGAGAGAUCGCCAUGCACACGCAGCAACUAUCGAGUAUCGCCGCGGAGAAGAGUAGAUCUCGACUGGACUCCAUGUCCACCACGAGCACGUCCAGUGGCAAGCCCAAAAAGGGUCAUCUCUGCUUGUACUGUGGGAAACUCUACUCCCGGAAAUACGGACUGAAAAUCCACAUGCGGACACAUACAGGGUACAAACCUUUAAAAUGCAAAGUUUGCCUUCGACCCUUUGGAGAUCCCAGCAACCUAAACAAACAUAUCCGUUUGCACGCGGAGGGGAACACCCCUUACAGGUGUGAGUUCUGUGGCAAAGUGCUUGUGCGUCGCAGAGACUUGGAGAGGCAUGUUAAAUCGAGGCACCCGGGGCAAAGUGUGCACAAAACAGAGAGCAAAACGGAGUCAUCUUUCGACGACCCUGAGCAGAAAAGUGACCACAGUAACGAGAGCGACGUGGACGUCUGCUUUACGGAUGAUCAAAGUGAUCAAGAUUCAGGGAAAAACAACGAUCAAUGA